UGUUCUGUUACCCUUCUAAAAUCCUAUUGGGGCAUCCAGAAAAGAGAAAAGGCAUACAGCUUUGGAGCAUUUCUUCAAUGCUUUUUUAUUUGAUUUUAUUACAAUUUAAUAUGUUCUCCUUCGACAGGUAAACAAUAAGUUAAACACGCAAUACGAGACGACUCUAGAAGGCUUGUUGAUCAUUGAUUCGCUUGAGCUGAUCAACUACAACCCCAACUCAUCCCCCGAAACAACAAAGUUAAUCAUCAUUUUACCCAUCUGUCAACCUCAACAACCACUACAAUCGAAAGAACAUAGGGAUAUUAUACUCUGUACUAGUCGAAGUUACAAUAGGGUACAUAACAUCAUUGUUUUUGAGGUUGCUCCAGGGUUAAUUCCCUCGGCUUCGAGUCUUGGCUCCUCAUUCUAGGCCAACAGAAGAGUCGACGAAUAGAGUUCCAUCGCAUUCACAAAACAAAGGUACUGUUUGGCAAAGUAAUAAUGGCGGACUACCAGCAAGGACGGGGAAAUGGUGGCCGACCAAAUGAAUACGGGCAUGCUUCGAACUACCAGCGGGAAACCGCUUUUUCGAAUAUCUUUGGUGCUGCCCCUCCUCCCGGCCGAUCGCAGACUAUGACUUCAUCCGUGUCUCCUCCAUUUGUGCCUCAAGGUCGCACACAAACGAUGUCUUCGCAGACGCCAGGAAUGCAAAAUGGUAUGCCUCCUAGACAGCCCCAAGGCCAGGGCGGAUACCGGCCUCCACAGGGGAACAAUAUGCCAAACGGAGGUGGAAUGGCCAAUGGCUAUUAUCAAGGUCCACGACAGCCGUCCCCUGGACAAGUUCCUUCUCAACCACAGCCUCAUUCAUUACCACAGCAGGUUCGUAGCGAUCGAAGACCAUACCCUACUCCUCAGCGCAUAUCGCCUCAACAACCAUUUCCUCCUAGACCCCCGCAACAACGGUACUAUCCCGGCAACACUCCAGCACUCGCCUCCGACCCUUAUCGCUCUCAGUCGAUGGCGAGUAUACCUAGGCCAAACAUGUACCAGCCGCCUAACAACUUUAAUCAAGCUCCUGCAAACGCUUUUCGGCAGGCUCAAUACCAACAGCAACCAGCAAAAACAACCGCGCUCGGACGCAACAUCCCCGAAAGACCUGAUGAGCGCACAAUGUCACUGACUACCUAUCCGCAAGAUCGUGACCAGCAUCAAACCAUGAGUGGGCGAGUCAUUCCAAGUCGACGGACCUCGGGGAACGGGCCGCAGGAGUUACCAGCAUUCUCCAUCCCGCCUCCUGGUCCUGCUACUGCAACAAGGACUGCUAGCAUGGCUUCGACUGUUGCGCCAGAUAUGGGCCGUUCGAUGUCCAUGGCCUCAACCAUUGUCCCGCCAGAGCAGUCAGAUGUCCUAACUCAUCGUCCUUCAGCAAAAUCAAUCAGCAGUACAGCCGGAGGAUCAUCCCGACACAAAGCUCCCCUUGUAUACCCUGCACUGUUGUCGCGCGUCGGCGACUGCUUCCGAGAAAAGAUCAAUAUUGGCGAUAGAACGAAGAACGACCUUACAUACAAAAAUGCGUUCAGUGGAGCGGAGGCGGUGGACGUUAUUUCAUACAUCAUCAAGACUACCGAUCGGAAUCUUGCCUUAUUGCUUGGACGGGCUCUUGACGCCCAGAAAUUUUUUCAUGAUGUGACUUACGAUCAUCGGUUACGUGAUUCAGCUACAGAGAUGUACCAGUUCCGAGAAACAAUGAUGGACGAACCUCAUGAAGCACCAGAAGUUAAUGGGGUGUUCGUCUUACUUACUGAAUGUUAUUCACCAACGUGUACUAGAGAUCAGCUGUGCUAUUCGAUAGCUUGCCCUCGUCGACUCGAACAACAAUCUCGAUUGAACCUGAAGCCACAGCCAGGUCUUCGCCGAGAGAAAUCCGAAGCAAGUUUGCAUGACGUCGACGAACCAGAUGAGCAGAAACUCUGGAUCAACACCGUCUCCCAGGAAAUUGCGGACAGUGUCGGGGAGCGGGAGAAGAAACGCCAAGAGGUCAUUUCGGAGAUUAUGUAUACCGAGAGGGAUUUUGUAAAAGAUCUCGAAUAUCUAAGAGAUUUCUGGAUUCUCCCACUACGUUCAACUAACCAGCUGACUCCAUCACCUAUUCCAGAGGCUCGAAAGGAGAGGAUAGUCAGGACCAUAUUUACAAAUAUCGUUGAUCCCCCGAGUAUUCAUGCCGUCAGUUCUAAAUUUGCCGAGUCUCUUACAGAACGACAGCGGAAGCAUCCUGUUGUUCAGUGUGUGGGUGAUAUAUUCCUCGAGUUUGUUCCCCAAUUUGAGCCUUUCAUCAUAUAUGGAUCAAACCAACUAGCUGGUAAGUUUGAGUUUGAGAACGAGCGAUCCUUGAAUCCCUCGUUCUCCAAAUUUGUGGACGAGACGGAACGGCGAAAAGAGUCACGAAAGCUUGAACUUAAUGGUUAUUUAACGAAGCCAACAACAAGGCUUGCUCGUUAUCCACUCUUACUAGACAACGUUCUCAAAUAUACCGACGAUGGCAACAAGGACAAGGAAGACAUUCCGAAAGCCAUGAAGAUGAUUCGUGAACUCCUUACUAGGGUCAAUGCCGAAUCCGGCAAAGCCGAGAACCGCUUCAACCUAAAAAGAUUGCACGAACAGCUCCGUUUCAGGCCCAACGAGCGUGUAGACCUUAAGCUUACCGACGAGAACCGAGAGCUUAUACAUAAAGGACCCUUGAAGAAGACGCCUACAGAUCCAACGGAUAUUCAAGCCUAUCUUUUCGAUCAUGCUGUUCUUCUUGUCCGUAUCAAGACGGUGGCAAAGAAGGAGGAAAUCAAAGUAUAUCGCCGUCCAAUUCCUCUGGAACUAUUGACCAUUCGCGAAAUGGAGGAGUUUAUGCCUAAACUUGGGGUGGUGAAACGCCCGUCCUCAAGUUUGAUUCCCACCAAAACUCCUACAAACGACAACAAUAAGAAGGAUGGAUUCCCCAUCACGUUCAGACAUCUUGGUAGAGGUGGCUAUGAACUGACACUGUAUGCCAGCAGUGCAGGUAUGAGGAACAAAUGGAUGGAGCAUAUAGGUGAACAGCAGGCCAUACUACGAGCGCGAGGCGAUUUUUACAAUAAAUCUAUCAUUUCUAGUAACUUCUUCACGACGGCGAACCGGGUCAAUUGCGUGGCACCAUUUGAUGGUGGCCGUAAACUGAUAUACGGCACAGACUCGGGCAUAUACGUUUCUGAUCGCAGAUCAAAAGAUGCUGCCGCAAAACCAGUUCGAGUAUUGGAUGCUACUAGUGUGACGCAGAUUGAUGUUCUCGAGGAAUAUAACCUUCUGCUGGUUCUAUCUAAUAAGUCUUUGCAGUCUUAUCCUCUUUCUGCGCUGAAUCCGACCGAACCUGCGCUUUCGAAACGGCCCAAGAAGAUUCAAAGUCAUUGUAACUUCUUCCGCACAGGGAUAUGUCUAGGUCGCCACCUUGUCUGCUGUGUUAAAUCUUCAGCUUUGUCAACGACCAUCAAAGUAUUCGAGCCCAAUGAUGCUAUGUCUAAGGGGAAGAAGCAAAAGGGAUUCAAGAUGUUUAGCAAUGGCCAGGACGAGUUGAAGGCAUUCAAAGAAUUUUACAUCCCAACAGAAUCUUCGUCGAUACAUUUCCUAAAAUCAAAACUAUGUGUGGCUUGUGCGCGUGGAUUUGAAGUAGUAUCUUUGGAAACCCUCGAAACCCAAUCUCUCCUGGAUCAGGCGGAUACAUCUUUGGACUUCGUUGCGCGAAAGGAGAACGUACGACCAAUACACAUAGAGCGCUUGAACGGAGAAUUUCUUCUCAACUACUCUGAAUUCUCCUUCUUUGUCAACCGUAAUGGUUGGCGAGCUAGACCUGACUGGAGGAUUGAUUGGGAGGGACUACCACAAAGCUUUGCCCUUUCGUACCCUUGGAUACUUGCUUUCGAACCGAACUUUAUUGAAAUCAGAAAUAUUGAGACUAACGCUGUUCAUAUUGUUCCUCAUAAAAGCAUUCGCAUGCUACAUACGAGCACUCGAGAGGUACGUAAUGUUUAUCAUUCACGAUAUUACACAUGAGUUCAUGUGGAUACUAAUAAAUCGUAGAUCAUAUAUGCCUAUGAGGAUGAAAGAGGAGAGGAUGUCGUUGCGGCCAUCGACUUUUGGUUAGCCGGACGUAAGCCAGAAGCACAACCGAUCUCCAAUGGUGGUGACUUCCGUGAUGGAGGGCAUCCUACAACGUCUUCGCGACAUUAAGCUUUGACUAUAACUCUAUCGCAUCCAAUUUUUAAUAAUAUGAAUACCCACGCCAUAAUUAUCCUCAUCUCGAUUCUCUGGUUUACAAAUGCAUGAUAUCUGACAAGUUUCGACAAUCUCUUCUAUUAUCUCCUAGGUGUGCUGGACAUGCUGGUUUGCAGCCAAAGUCGUGCAUAAUCCUUCAGCCUAUUUUCCAAUCUAUCGACUUGUUGGAGGAACUAGAUACAUUUUACGAGCACGCUUGUGGAGGCCUUUUAUUUUUCUUUCGGUGGGUGAAAGUUGUUCCUCGAAGAGAAGAGCAGAGAGAUCUUUAUUAAGUGUAGGAAAGGUGGUAGGGUAUGGCAAGGGGGCGACAGGCGUCAACCGGUGAAAUGGGGGAAAAGACGAGACUCCUUCCAUUACAUCUUUUGAUUCUCUCAUCUUUUUAACCUUCUCUUUUUGAUUCUUGAUUGGUUGAAUAAAGGCAUGCAUGAUAUCUAUGUUUCUGUACAUUGCAGCUUGUAGUCUUAUGAAUAGAUCAUGUGUUUCUUCGCUUGUCAU